AUGAACCAACCAAUCCCUAAUCAAAACUACAACUCCCGCGCAUGCGCAAUGCCCCCGGCGCGCCAUCUUGACAGCGGGAGCUACUAUCAAACAAACCGGAUCGUAGCUUGCUUUUUAGGUUCCGCAAAUCGGACCUUCCCCGUGAGGGAAGGUCUGAUGAAUUGAGGGCAAGCAUGCCUGUGGUGUGGCCCACCCUGCUGGAUUUCAGCAGGGAUGAGUGCAAAAGGAUCCUCCGUAAACUGGAAUUGGAGGCGUACGCCGGUGUUAUAAGUGCUCUCCGCGCACAGGGAGACUUAUGCAAGGAAAAGAAAGACCUUCUUGGAGAACUAUCCAAAGUUUUAAGUAUUUCAACAGAGCGACAUCGAGCAGAGGUACGCAGGGCAGUGAAUGAUGAACGCCUCACAACAAUCGCACACAAUAUGUCUGGUCCAAACAGCUCUUCGGAGUGGUCCAUUGAAGGCCGACGUCUGGUACCACUGAUGCCACGACUCGUCCCCCAGACGGCAUUUACAGCCACUGCCAAUGCUGUUGCCAAUUCUGCUGGACUGCACAACUCUGCCCUACCAGAUCCUGCGGAAACUGGGAACAAGGAAGUGGUUGUCUGCUACUCUUAUACAAGCACGACGUCCACCCCCACAUCAACGCCUGUGCCCAGUGGUAGCGUGGCUACGGUAAAGUCCCCUCGCCCUGCCAGCCCAGCAUCGAACGUUGUUGUUCUCCCCAGUGGCAGCACAGUUUAUGUCAAAAGCGUCAACUGCUCAGAUGAUGAUGAGAAGCCUCGUAAACGUAGACGCACAGACUCCACUAGUUCCUCUCCUGUAGUACUAAAGGAAGUGCCCAAACCUUCCACACCGGUGUCAAAGACCAUCACAAUGCCUGUGACUGGGAGCCCCAAGAUGAGCAACAUUAUGCAGAGUAUAGCCAACUCCUUGCCCCCUCACAUGUCACCGGUGAAGAUCACUUUCACCAAACCCACCACUCAGACCACAAACACCUCCACACAGAAGGUUAUAAUAGUCACAACGUCUCCAAGCUCAACAUUUGUCCCAAACAUCCUAUCAAAAUCUCACAACUAUGCAGCAGUCACCAAGCUGGUUCCCACCUCUGUUUUAUCCUCCACUACUCAAAAACCACCUGUGGUCAUCACUUCCUCUCAGGCAUCUGUGAUCGGCAGUGGCGGUAACAGCGGAGCCUCCACACCCAUAUCGUCUGGUAGCAUUGCUGUGACCACAACUGUAUCUGCCACUCCAUCAAUGGUCAUGUCCACUGUGACACAGGGUGUCUGCACUUCCGCUGUAAAGAUGGCAUCUAACAGACUUCCCUCUCCCAAAAGCCUGGUUGCUUCCCCAAGUCAAAUCUUAGCCCAGUUACCUAAACAGUUCCAGCAGUCCCCAAAGAUCCAUCAGAUACCACAACAGGCAUCUCCUCUGACACAGCCAACUUCACUCACUCAACCAUCCGCUACUGCUCAGCCUCAGAUUCCUCCAGGAAUCAAACCCACGAUACAGAUAAAACAGGAAUCCGGUGUGAAGAUCAUCACUCAGCAGAUGCAGCCCAGCAAGAUUUUGCCCAAACCGUUAUCUGCAGCUUUACCAAAUAGCGGUAAUUCCCCCAUCAUGGUUGUGAGCAGCAACGGAGCAAUUAUGACUACAAAACUGGUCACCUCUACCGGCGGGGCACACGCAACUUACACCAGACCUGCUGUCAGUUCCACACUUGGUGCUCGUAUGGCUGCUACCCCGGGGGCAACUUACGUGAAAACCACCAGCGGCAGCAUCAUUACUGUGGUACCCAAGUCACUAGCCACUCUGGGGGGAAAGAUAAUCAGCAGCAACAUUGUAUCCGGUACAACAACCAAGAUAACUACUAUACCGAUAACCUCAAAGCCCAACGUUAUUGUGGUGCAGAAGACCACAGGCAAAGGGACAACAAUUCAAGGUCUGCCAGGCAAAAAUGUUGUGACAACGUUGCUGAAUGCUGGGGGAGAUAAAACGCUACAAGCAAUGCCAGCAGGAACAAAACCAGCAAUUAUCACUGCAACACGUCCAAUUACAAAGAUGAUCGUUACUCAGCCCAAGGGGAUGGGAUCAACUGUUCAGCCAGCAACAAAAAUAAUCCCAACUAAAAUAGUCUACGGACAGCAAGGGAAAACCCAGGUGCUAAUAAAGCCAAAGCCGAUGACAUUCCAGGCGACCGUAAUGAGUGAGCAAACGCGGCAGCUAGUUACGGAGACUCUUCAGCAGGCUUCGCGGGUGGUGGAGACGACUAGCGCCACUAUUCAGGAAGUGAAGGAAGAUACUGAGAGCAGCUCUUCCUCUACAGAGUCAUCUCAGAGCUCUCAAGAUUCGCAACCUGUGGUUCAUGUAAUUGCUUCUAGAGCUCAGGAUUGGUCGGAACAUGAAAUAGCCAUGGAGACCACUCCUACAAUUAUAUACCAAGAUUUGUCAGGUGAAUCCCAGUCUGCUACAUCCACCAUCAAGGCUCUCAUGGAGCUCCAGCAGACUGCCGUGAAAGAGAAAGUGGAAUCUAAGCCCCGGCAGCCGACCAUUGACCUGAGUCAGAUGGCUGUUCCUAUUCAGAUGGCCCCUGAUAAACGCCCUCCUGAAAGCACUUCCAUUGCUGUGGUGGAGUCCAAGCUGGUUGCAGAAUACAUUACUACAGGGAAAACCAGGCAAGUGGCUUCCACGACAACAGUGAGUUCCGGAGACGUUCCUCUAACCUCCAUUCUCCAAGUGAGUCACCCGUCUCAACAGCACCAUAUUCAGCCAUCUCAGGCCCAGCGGACUCUGCUCCAGCACGUCACACAGUCCCAAACUGCAGCACAGACGUCUGUUGUGGUUAAGUCUAUUCCCACCUCCUCCAGCGGAGCAAUCACACAUAUCAUGCAGCAGUAUACACGAGAGGAACCAGUGGGAGAUACUUUGAAACAAACUAGAACAUACAAGCCCAUACCAGUAACUGGGUUAUCUCUAGAGGAUAUCUGGAAAAAACUGCAUAAUAUUAAGGCAUUAAGCAGUCAUGCAGCAUUCACCAAGAGAACAGAAGAAACCAUCACAGAGGAAGGGGAAGUUGAGGAGAUGGACACAUUGGACCCUCAGACUGGUCUCUUCUACAGAGCUGCCCUUGCUCAGAAGCAGCAGAAACAAAUCCAUCUGCACCAAGAAGGAGCACAUCUCCAGGUAAAGACUGUGCAGUCCCUGCAGACAAAGCAGAAGCAAAUAAUCCAGCUGCAGCCGGAGCAGAUCCAGCACAAAAUCCAGCAGACUGCGCAGCUGUCAAUUAGACAGCAGAAGAUUAGCCCACUGCAACAGGAGCACAUGCAACAGCGCCACAUGCUGAUCAAGGAGAGGCACCUUCCUAACCUGGUAACACAGCCUCAGCAGACAGUAGUGCAAGUACUGGCAGUAAAAACCACACAGCAGCUGCCCAAGCUGCAGCAAAUACAAAGCCAGAAGAUUUACAUGCAGUCCCAACUCUCACAGACUCCAGUGCAGAUGUCCAUCUCUGCUGAGAAACAUCAUACAACUCAGAUAUCACAUCCAGUUGUAUCACAAGGAUCAGCGGUUACCAAAAUAACAUUUGAAGGACAUCAGCCUCCUACGGUUUCAAAGGCUGCUAUUACAGAAUGUCUGCCCAAGCUCACCCCAGCAGUUGCCAGCAUCUUGCCCUCAACCACAAAGGCUGAGAAGGUGUCUGUAGCAGAUAUACUAAAGAUGUCUAUGAUGGAGGCUGAUAUUGACACGAACGUAGAACCUAUGAUUGUGGAUCCCCCAAAUAAAUCUACCCCUAUUAUCAAGCCCAUGCCCAUUUUAACAGAAGCCUCAAUACCAACACAGAUACAAAGGCUUCCUGUGUCAGGCACAGUGACUGCUACAGUGCCACCCCUUCCAAAAUGUUUCCCAGCCCCUAUAAUUACAGCAACUCCUCCUUCUGCUCUUCCUGUUCCUCUUCCGCCACCGCCCCCUCUAACUAGGAAAGUUGACAUUCCUGUCACCAGCCAGAUUAUUCAAAUACAGAAUGUGCCACAGAAGAGAGUGGAGGAAGUGCCUUCUGAAAUUAUUAUCCAGACUAUCCCUCAGUAUCACAUCCCUUGUCACUCCAGCUCCAAUGUGGUGGUGGAACCUAGUGGUCUUCUGGAGAUGAAUAAUUUCACCAGUCAGAGGCUUGGCGAUGAUGAUUCAGUCUUAGCACAUGAUGGGGACAUCAGCAUGGAGGACAGAAGCAAAUGCUCAACGUCUCUCAAUGUGGAAAAUUGAGGGAGCUACUUCAUUCUGUAUCCAGAACGUCUGUUACAUUUCUUGAUGCCUAUUUGGGUUUAAUGAUGUUCCAGCAUCUCAGAAAGCUACAGUUUCAAUGGUGUGGUCUGUCAUCCAAAUAUCUGUUUCUACUCAUGUUCACAAGUAUUGGCAAGCACCAGAAGGACUGUUUGUAAUUAUUUUAAAAGGCUGUAUAUAUUACAGAAAGCCAAAAGGAAAUCUCUUAUUUCUUUAAAAAGUUCUUUUGAUCCAGAUUAUCAUUAUGGAAUGAGUUCAUGUUUGACAAACUUAUAUUGCAUGUGCAAUCUGUACAGUGGUUAUUACCAGUUUCUUUAAAAAGGAAAAAGUCUUUUGGAUUAUUCACUUAA